UGUGUUCAGAGGAAAGAGAAAGGGGACGAUAAGAGGUACAAUCACUUCUUUCAUAGACCUACAUAUCCACUCCACAAAUAUGGUACAGUGGCGGAAAAAAACGAAGGUUGCACAUGAAAAGGUUUGUAUAAAAUGAUCUGAUAUGCGGUGUCAAGAGGCGUGGAUCCACGGGAGAGUUUCUUUGGCAAAUUGAAGAGCAUCGGCGCUCCAGCACCACCGAGGAGGACAGGCAACUACGAGGACUUUGGGUGGAAACAGCAGGGAGUUUGGCCAGAGGAUGAGGAGGAGGGUGACAUGUAUGAAGUCCCUCCCUGCGAGCGUCCAGUUGUCACAGUCCCGCCGAGGCAAGUCGAAGAGAAUGUUUAUAUAGAACGAACCCCGAGUGAUGCAGUCCCACGACGGGCGGCUGAGCCCACAUCAAGACCAGGUGGAAAACUUCAGAAGCCUCAUCAACAGGCUAAGAAGUUUAACGGCAAGAAACCUCCUGAGGUCGACAGAAACGAGAAGCCUGGCAGGAAAAAGAUGGCGGCGCCUCCUGCUCCCUUUCUUACGUCUACCAUUGAGGAAGAUGUCUAUCUGGAUCCAAAUGAAGAGCAGAGGACUCACGACGACCUGUAUUUAGAACCAGCAGCUGCUUGCCCUCUGACCCCCCGGAGCCCAAUGAGAAUGUCAUCAUCCACCAAGACGUCACUGAUACAUUCCCCCAUAAUGAAGCCUCCGCUUCCAAGAGCAAAGUCAAAUUCUGUCCUGCCUUCCUUCCCAGAGGUAAAAUCAGGAAGACCCGUCACCUCCAAACUGCCCUCACCAGGGGAGGGUUUUAAGCCCCCUCUGCCAGCAAGUCGAAAGGACAUUAUGCUCAGCCAUGCAAAUCCCCACAUGCUGAUGACUAAGCAUGCAAUCUCUGGUGGUGGGAGAACAACCAAACUAUCCGGGAAUGAGGACAAAGAUUGGUUUGCUGGUGAUUGCAGCAGGAAAACAGCAGAGGAUCUCUUACGGAGAGUCAAUAAGGACGGCACCUUCCUCAUCCGUCAUAGCUCGGCACAGAACGCCCGGCAACCUUUCACCCUUGCUGUAUUCUACCAUCAAAAGGUCUACAACAUUCCCGUCCGCUUCCUGGAAGAGAUGCAGGGCUUCGCUCUGGGAAAGGAGGGCAAGAAAAGUGAAGAGGUUUUCACCAGCCUGGAAGAGAUUGUCAUGCACCAUAAGAAGAACCAGCUCUAUUUGAUUGACAGCAAGAGCCAGGCCAGGCACGCAGUCUAUUUAUCUCACACCUCGCGCUGUUAACCUCACAUUUUACAGAAUCAGAUAUGAUAUUUAUACUGAAAAUGUUGUCACACCUUACUGGACACAAAAACUACAUGUAGUUACAUUUCGCAGCAUUAGGUACCCUUGCAGAGCUGCUUAUGAGGGGACAUAUUAUGGAAAAUUGACUUGCUAGACAAGUGAUGAACAAGUCUGCCACACAGUUUUGGAGCCCAUGUUUUGAAUCUCGGCUCCAGCCUCCCUAUAGUGAUGCAUGAAAAUGUUCUUAUUUCACCAGAUCAUUGGAUUCUCGGGGCAUUGAAUCAAUGGCAUCUGGAUUGUUCUGAUUGUUUUAG